AUGUUUUAUAAAACUAACUUACUAUCUCCUAAUAGAACAUAAUCUCCAAUAAUCGUACACAAACAGUCAAUUUCUUAAGUAAACAAUCCUCUUUUAUCAUAAUAACAAUAUCAACCUUAAACUUAUUAUACAUCAUCAAGAACUACACCAAUGAAAAAUAUAGAAUAGAAAUUUGAAGCAAUAAAACAAAAUAUCACCAUACCAACUUAAAGUUAAUAUUCACCAGAAAGAAAUAAAACAGUAAUCUCUAACGAUUUUGAAUUGUAAGUUUUACGCAAUGAGAUAACAUUCAGAGAUUAGAAAAUUGUUGCAUUACAAAAAACACUUGAUUAAUCGAAUGAUGAUAGAAUAAGAUUAAGAUCAGCUUUAGAAUAAAAAUCUAAUUCGUGUGUUAACAAAGAAAGAGAAAUAGCCAAAUUAUUAGCAACAAUUCAUUAGAUGGAAUUUAAGAAAAACGAAAGUUAAAUAAUAAAAGAUCUUCAACUAUAAAUAGAAACUUUAAAGACUUUUAUUUAAGAAAAUUAUCUAGAUAAAUAAAAUGCUAAGAAUGAUGAUACAAAUAAUUUUAAGGCCAAAAUAGGAGUUCUUCAACAAUAAUUAACAAAAUAAAUAAAUUAAAAUUAGUCACUCUAAUAGUAUUUAAAAGAACUAAUAAAUUAAAAUAAAGAAUUAUCAUUAAAAUAUACAGAGAAAUGUAUAGAAUGCUAAAAAUUAGAAAUGCAACUCGAUUAAAUCUAAAUAUUAUAAAAUGAAAUUAAAGGAAAGGAAGAAGAAAUAUAAAUCUUAAAAGGGGAAUUGAAUAAUGAUAUUAUAAGUAAUCGCACUAAAGAACAAAGUGCUAUUGACCAAUAAAAUGAAAUAUAGAAAUUUCUAAUACAGAUAAAAUAAUAAUAUUUAGAAGAUUCUCCAAAAAGAGAUACAGAUAAUUAAGAUUCCAUGAAUAUUUAUCAACAUAUUUACAGUUUUUAAUCUACAGAUGAUUUUAAUAAAGUGGAAAUAUAGAAAAUAAACAAAUGA